CCAACAUUACCAUCAGGCGAAGGAAAUAUGAUUCAACAAACAGAAUCAGAACGAAUGCAUUCAAAUACUGGUCUUCUUCCAUUACAACGAACAACAUCUAAUGAAGAUUAUCGUUAUGAUUAUUUUACAGCAGCUGUAGCAUCACGUGGUCGACCCCCAUCAACAGCUGGAAUGACUCCUGGUUAUGAUAUACCAGCCAAUGCCAAUCAUUUAAUGAGUCCACUUCAACCAACACCUACUGCUUAUAAUCCAAUGGUAGGUGCUACAGCUACUCCAUAUGGCCAUCGAUAUGCUUCAGCUCAUCCUCCUCCACCCCCACCACCUAUUCAUGGUUUACCUCCAACACAUUUGCAAUCUCAACAACAACAAAAUCCUCAUAUGAUAUCUGUUCAAAAUGGUCCAGUUAUUCUUGUAUCAAAUCUUAAUGAAGAUGUGAGUUAA